CGUGGCUGGCUUUAGUUGCUGAGGAGGUUGUGUUGAGUGAAAGCUCGGAGCGGCGAUGUCCCUCCUCACUGUCCGCGGGGCUCACUCGCUGUAGUAAACGACUACCAUUUCCCCCCCAAACCCAGUCACAGGAUCUGCGCUGUCCCUCCAACUUGUGAACUACUACGGACACCGCAGGAAAUUUGUUACAGCAAGAUAGCUGCAUCACCUUGCCACUUCAUAUCCCCUAUUUCCAAUCGACAUUUGGAUCAUGGCUUCUAAAACUCACCCUCCUCUGAUGAAGAAGCACAGUCAGACCGACUUGAUAAGCCGCCUGAAAAGCCGAAAGAUUCUUGGAGUUGGCGGCGAAGACGAUGAUGGGGAAGUUCACCGAUCAAAGAUCAGUCAAAUGUUGGGAAAUGAGAUGAAGUUUGCAGUUCGAGAGCCAAUCGGGCUGAGGAUGUGGCUGCUAACCUCAGCGGUGGGUUUCACUGUGAUCGCCAUCAUGGCCGUGAUGUGUCCCAACCAUCUCUACGAGGUUGUUUUUGAGGAGGAACUAGCCACAACCAGCCUCUCCGUUCGCCUCUAUGGAGGAGCACUACUCAGCUUGGCCCUCAUCCUGUGGAAUGGCCUCUACACAGCAGAAAAGAUCAUCAUCCAGUGGACUCUGCUGAGUGAAGCUUGCUACUUUGCAGUGCAGUUUCUUGUGACAUCCAUCACCUUGAUAGAGAUCGGCAUGCUGCCCAACGCUGCCAUACUGCUGCUUCUCAGCAGAGUCCUCUUUCUGGUGAUCACCAUGGCCUACUACUACCAAGUGGGCCGCAAGCCAAAGAAGAUCUGAGCUGAUGUGCAUGCUACAGGCACACAAGCAGUGGACAGCUGAGUGCAGAUGACAAAACACGUACAGUACUUGCAAGGUUUGGGUUGUUAUAUAUUGCCAGUGGGAUGCAGAUGCAGGACCUAGUAUUAUCCUCAAAUAGUCAACAAAUGAGUAUAUAAGAACACUUGAAAAGGAAUAAUAAAUGCAUUUCUCCUUUAGAUGUGUGUGUGGUCGAAACCCCAUGACACAAAUUCCUCCCGAGUUGUAGCGCAUUGCAUUUUUGUCACCUUGAUGAAACGUGUUUUACAGAGCAGCCUGUCACUCUGUACUUUAAAAAUAUUCCAAAUUUACAGCUGCAUCAUCUCGCCACUGCCUCCUAACCACACCCGAGGACCAAACAUUUGUGCUGGAGUGUGUUGUCACGUUUGUUCAAAGUGCGUGUUUGCUGAAACGCAUCAGCAGCGCUCAGUCAAAUUCAAAUGUGGGCACAAGUCGAGUCCUCUCUGUUGGCUUUGAUCAUUAGUGAUCUGAACUGAGGUCAGUCACGUUGUAUUUGAGUGUUCAGCAAGGAAGGAAGCAAAAUGAUUCUUUUUUUGUUGUUGUUGUUAUUGUUAUUUACUCAAUGCUACCAAAGUGAAGAGUAAAUGCGGUGUGCUGUGUAUUCACACCAGUUUAUACCAGUAAGUCUUUUUUUUUUAUUUGUAAGGCAGGAAGAGAGAUUUGGCCUCUGACCUGGUAUUACGGGAAGUCCCUGCUUAGGAUUGGAUGAGUAGUGUAGCACCAUUUUUAUAUCACGCCAUAUCGGUAGCCUUGCCUUAAAACGAUUUCAAUCUGUCACUAACACUGCGUCUUUACCCUUUUUGGGUGUAUAUGUAAAUAAAAGUACAUGUGGAGGUGUUGUGAAGCGGACAGCUAGGGAACUUGUUUAGUGUUAGGUCAAGCUUAAGAUUUCCUUGUGUAAUUUUGUACCUAUUUAAGCAACUUGGGUAUAUAAAUGUCUUGCAUGUAAUAAUUCAGCAAUUCAGAAAUAGCCGAGAUUGAGUAGCAACCAAUCAACCAAAUAGAUACUACAUGUUCACAGUUGUAGGUGAUUUCAAAUGUUGAUUUUGUGCACUUGGAGAAUAAUAACAAUAAGCGCACGUGCUUUGUAACGGGUACUUGGCUAUUUUGGUCCUCCUCCAUUGCAUUCAGUAUACUACCUCCCAGUUACUUGCCAUCAUUCCAGUUCAGUCCAGGUUGUUUUUCUGAGUUUUUUAGGCUCAACUGAAAACAAAGCCUAAAUUGGUUGAUAUACACAGGGCCUUCUUCAAAGGUGGUCCUUUGGUCCCGCCCCAGAUGGGAGUAGUCCUGAGGUCUGAGUGAUUGCGGCUUUGCAGUUGCAUGUGCAGUGCUGAGCGCACAUGUGCUUGUUACUUGGGUGAGUCCUAAUUUCAGAUAGGGAAUACAUGGGUGAGGUUUUCUUCACUCUGUUCAAGUAGUAAUUAUAUCUUGCCAGCGUUUAAUUAGAUAGAUUUUGCCCCAGCAACAGUCUGUCCUUACUAGCAUACUAAUUAUGGGGGGGAGGGGGUCAUUCCAUUUCCGCCUUUAUUAAAGACCUCAAGUCAUCUGACUUGAAACGUUCAAAGGUCUGCAAAGUGAAAAUGGGUAAGAUCAGAAAAAGGCCAAUUUAUAGGCCGUUCCAUCCUCGUACUUCUCCAACAUGUUACUCACUUGAGUUGAGUGGAAGAUUAAUAGAAGUUGUUUAAGUCUGAUUCAGUUCUAUACAUUGUUCUACUCUGAAUUGCAUCCCAGGUCAAGUUGUUUCAAUUUGUAGCAUUGUUUUCAUAUGUAUAUACUGUUUUGUGAAUCUUGUACCUCAAAUUGAAUUGUUGGUUUGAAAUAAAGGAGCUUUGUUUAUUUUGAA